UGCCGGAGCCGGAGCCGGAGCCGGAGCCCGAGCCGGAGCCGCGGGGAGAGCGGGAAGAUGCACACCACCCAGAAGGACACCACAUACACCAAAAUCUUCGUCGGGGGGCUCCCGUACCACACCACCGAUUCCAGCCUGCGCAAGUACUUCGAGGUCUUCGGGGAGAUCGAAGAGGCGGUGGUCAUCACAGACCGGCAGACGGGGAAAUCCCGGGGCUAUGGAUUUGUCACCAUGGCUGACAGAGCUGCUGCUGAAAGGGCCUGUAAGGAUCCUAACCCUAUCAUUGAUGGCAGAAAGGCCAACGUGAAUCUGGCAUACUUGGGGGCAAAACCCAGGAUCAUGCAGCCAGGUUUUGCCUUUGGUGUUCAACAACUUCACCCAGCUCUUAUACAGAGACCUUUUGGGAUACCUGCCCAUUAUGUUUAUCCACAGGCUUUUGUGCAGCCUGGAGUUGUAAUUCCACAUGUCCAACCUACAGCAGCUGCUGCCUCUACUACACCUUACAUUGAUUACACUGGAGCUGCAUAUGCACAAUACUCCGCAGCUGCAGCAGCUGCAGCAGCAGCAGCCUAUGACCAGUACCCAUAUGCGGCAUCUCCAGCUGCUGCAGGAUAUGUCACUGCUGGGGGCUAUGGUUAUGCAGUCCAGCAGCCAAUCACCGCGGCAGCACCUGGGACAGCUGCUGCAGCAGCAGCCGCAGCCGCAGCCGCAGCAGCAUUUGGCCAGUAUCAGCCACAGCAGCUGCAAACAGACCGUAUGCAAUAAUGAGUGACCAGCCAUCUGAAGAGAGUUGAAUUUCUUUCUCUAUUUUCCCCCAGCCUUCAAAUUUUAAGUAGGUAAUAAGGUGGUUAACACUAACUAAGCAGCUUUAAGAAAAGUUAUGCUACUGCAAAUCAGGAGAUUUUUAUUCCACUGUCUUUGUACUCAAAUCAUGUUGCUAUGGGGAAAAGGGGUAAGGGCCAGGGGAGUAGAAGGAAUUAGUUUCAGGAGUCAAUCCAGGAGACACUGAAUAAACAAUGCACUGCCAUGAAAAGACUAUACGAGUAACAAUAGAACUUCAUUUGACAAAAUAAAAUAAAGGGGUUUUUGUUGGGGGUUUUUAAAAUAGUAUCAGGGAUGCAAACUGCCUUUUUCAAAUGAGAAAAUGUUGUUUUGAAAAAGUUAAACCAGGGAAAAGAAAUCAGAGUGAGCAAUAUGUAGCUUAUAUGACAUUUAAAACAUAUUUUAAAGAUAAUUAAAGCACUGACUGUCAUUUAUUGUUUUCACUAUGGCCUAUAGAACUUGUUCAAGUAAGAAAAAGAUUUUCUUGCUGUCUCACAAUGGGCAUCAAACAAUCCUGAAGAGCAUGGCCGCUCGGUAAAAUGGUGGACAGGCACCAAAGCUAUUUUCUCAUCUGUCCUCUGGAUGAGUGGAACUAUGGAGCAAGUGAUGUGGAAUUAAUGGGUGCAACAGCUGUACAGACAAUCAAUAACACAGACAGUUCUGGAAAGAACACAUCACUUGUGCUUGUUUGAUGAGCUUGUCACAUUCUAAUCCCUCUCCCCAUCCUGUUUCAAUUUUGGGAAACUUUUAACUGCUGGUGUCAGCUAUUCUGAUUCUGAAAUAGGAUCAGCCCUUUACUACAACAGCCUUCUCUUUCUAUUUAUUACGUUGACUCGUGGCUUGUGAAUAAAGGCAGGAAGAAGUUUGCAGAAUUUGAACCUUUGAGAACUGUUUUAAGGAAAUUUGUUUUUUCCUUUUUGAAAUGAUUUAUAUGACUUUAGUAUCUGUUACAGAGUCCUAUUUAAAACUAUUUAUUAGGGAACUCAAUAAGUAAGACAACAAGGUUCCUGAGACUACAGUUCUUCAAGGGUUAAUGAUAUGUGGUUUAUACUGUGCCUUAAUUGUAAUGCUAUUUAAAAAUAUUUAUUUUGAAGUUUUACGAUGCUGCACUCUAAAGAAAGGAACUUUAGAUGUGACACUGUAAAAUUAUGUAUUCAUCUCAUGGCAUAAAUUAUUUAGUAGGUUUAGAUGUAGCAUAUUAAAUAUUAACCUAUUCAGCUAAAGAUGUUGACUUAGAUUUAUUUAAAUUCAGUAUGUGCACUGUACGAGAGGAUACUCUUAACAGUAACAGAGUUUAGAUUUUUUACAGGAUGUGUUGUUAGUUUCAUACUGCUUCCUCUUCAGUAUUUUGCUCAUAUAGAUCUACUUUCCUGGUAAUUCAUUAGUCCAAUUUCCCCACUAUUUUUACGUAGUUUAAAAUGCUGCUUUACAUUUUUCUCGUGAAACUACAAUACUUGCAAUUUUUAUUCUUAACCUAAAGCAAAUAAUAUUUUACACUGUAUUGGACUUUUUAUACUUGAACAAUUUCAUACAAGGGAAAACAGGAUAGCAUUUUUAUGGACUUUAUCCAUUGUCACUGGAUUUAUUUUAAGUAUUCUAAAUACUAGCCAGUGUUAUAUAAUGUAGACAUGACUCUCCUGUGCAUAUUAUUUAUUCAGUAUGUAUAUUGCUUUAUAACAUUUCAGAUCUUCUAAACUAUUCACUUGUGUUAAAUAUAAUUUUAAAAAAUCUACUGUUGCAUUGUCUAUAAUUAUGCAAUAAAAGUGAAGAAUGUCUCCUUUUAACUAGAGUCUAGUCGUGAUUUAUAUCUAAAAUUCCUAGUGGACACACAGGUUUUGAGAGACCUGGCUUUGGUUCACUGACAUAAAUUUCAUUAACUUAUGAUACAAGUCAAAUCCUAACGUAGUAAAUGCUAAUUUGGAUGAUUUGGUUCUGAAAUUUUGUAACAUUUGAUUUUACCAAAAAGGAGGGGAGGGGCAUCAAUUGGGGCUUAUAAUUUGGGAUAUGUAGUGAUGUCCCAUUAUGAUGGCAAUGGUUAAAAGAAAUCAAUUUCCCUGUAAGAGAAAAAUUGAGAGUCUAGCAAAUAAAUAUGUAUGUUUUCUAAUGUUAAUAUGACUCCAAUGAUCAUUAGGAAGUCGUUACACUGGUGAAAUUAUGGAUCUGGCGAAAAAAAAGGGGGGGGGAAGAUUUUAUAGAGAUUGAAUAUUACAUUCGUCUAGCAUCUUGGAAUUUGACAAAGAUUUAUGAAUGUCUUCACUGGUUGAUUAUUCUAUGGCUUAUUGGUAUUAUUGUUUACUUUCAUGUCUCAACAUAAACUUGUGUCCUUAGAAGUUACAUAUUUCCAAUGUCUUAACUGAUACAUCAUCAGAUUCAAUAAUUGAGAAUGAGGAAAACAUUUUUUAGAUCUGCCAACAACACAUUGAUGUUGAUGAUGCUAAAUAAUGUGUUUUUCUAUCAUCUCUGACUCUUUGUGACCCCAUUUAGAGUUUUUCUUGAUAAA